AACGCUUUUUUUUCCCCUCGCUCAAUAAAUAGUGCGAGACACUGCCGCAAAUCAUCUACGUACAACGCCGCUAGGCACCUUUCUGAAUGGGUUAAUUUCUGAAGUCUUCAAGGAUCCAGUUUCUGGGCCAUGUUGGGAAGUCCUCGAUCCGAGACGUCUCUGACAGGAUUUGACACUACCGAGCCUCGCCUUCUCGAGGAGAAUCGAUUCGACACAGAAUUUGGACACAAUUAUACCGAAGACAUGUCGACUGCUACUCAGCAAGCUGAGUUGGACCCUCGUCCUUCUCUCCUGCAGGUCCCUGAGAAUCACAUCGACAACGGUCCGAUUUCUCGUGAUUUUGAACAAGCCAUCGUCGAUGACGAUCGCGACAUCGAUUCCUUUGCGAGGCGUCUGUCCAUGGAUCCACAUCAACGCCAUCGCACUCGAAGCCGCUGCCAACAAGAUAUGGCACCUCGAUCUCGGAACUCGUCCAUUUCCUCGGACAGCUCUUCGUCCCCGCCCAACUCUGUGGAUGCUUUUGCCGAUCCACGCCGCCGCGAGCGUGCCAAUACAGUAGGAAGCCAUGUUGAGACCGAUCUUGACACUAUCCUACAAAGAACUGUUUCUGGCGGUACCAUACCUCGUCGUCCGACCUUUAGCCAAGCCAGUGUUGCGCGACCUGAUCAGGGAGAGACCGUAGCCGACGAUGUCAAGAGUGAAUGCGGGCGCUCUUUUAAAGAACCCGGCCGCAUUCCCGUCAUCGAUUACGAGGAACUUGAGGAAUUUGUUGCAUUGAACAAGAGAGACAAGUAUGCUGCCCUCAGCCGCAAGCAUAGCAUGAGUUCUCAGGGCCCCAGCCCUCGAAUUUUCCACGAUCUGCGGCAAAAGACACAAAGCGGAGACGUGAUUCUUGAGAUGCCUGAAGUUGUUGUUGCCUCUGAAAGCCAGGAGCGAACUUCGGACGAUGAUCUAAAAGCAGGGCUGAAGACUGAACUAUCGGAGGAUGCAGUAAACGAGAAGGAAUGCAUUGACAAUUUCCAGCCCACGACCGUGCAGAAUCGAUUCACCUUUUUCUCUUCGGAGAGCCAAAGCACAAUUCAUGCAGCUUAUUUGGGUGACCUUAUCCUUCCAGGCGACAGCUUCCGUGAUCUUUUCCAGCUUGGCCCCGAGGGUGGUGUGUGGUGGUUGGAUAUUAUCGACCCUACCGAAGCCGAACUUGGUGCCAUCUCACGCGCAUUCUCCAUUCACCCUUUGACGGCGGAGGAUAUUAUGACUCAAGAAGCUCGCGAGAAAGUCGAGCUGUUCAAGCAAUAUUACUUUGUUUGUUUCCGAACUUUCUACCAUGCUGACAAGGAUCACGAGCGUUACUUGGACCCGGUCAAUGUGUAUAUGGUUGUGUAUCGGGAUGGGGUGCUCUCGUUCUCGUUUACUGAGAACCGCCAUGCCGCCAAUGUUCGCAAGCGUAUUGGCAAGCUUCGGGACUACGUGUCUUUGAGUAGUGAUUGGAUCUGUUACGCCAUGAUUGACGACAUCGUCGACAGUUUUGGUCCGAUUAUGCGCGAUGUUGAGAUUGAGUCCGAAGCAAUUGAAGAUCAUGUGUUUGUCGCUCGCGUGGAAGACUUUGGUACUUUCUUGCCACGCAUUGGCGACCUGCGCAAGAAAGUCAUGACCCUGAUGCGACUUCUCGGCGGCAAGGCCGACGUUAUCAGAGGCUUUUCCAAGCGUUGCAAUGAACAGUACUCUGUCACUCCACGUGGCGAUAUCGGCCUUUAUCUCGGUGAUAUCCAGGAUCACAUCGUCACCAUGGUGUCGAACUUGACCCAUUUCGAGAAAAUGCUCAGCCGCUCUCACAGCAACUACCUUGCGCAGCUGAACGUGAGCAACAUCAUGCUCGGCAAUCAUGUCAACAACAUCCUCAGUAAAGUGACCCUGAUCGCUAGUCUUCUGGUUCCUAUGAACUUGAUCUGUGGUCUUUGGGGCAUGAACGUCCCUGUUCCCGGAAGAGACAGCGAAGGUCUAGGAUGGUUCUUUGGCAUUGUUGGGUUUAUUGGAUUUAUGCUUGUUUCGACGAUGGUUAUUGCACGUUGUUAUAAACUUGUUUGAUUGCUCUAUACAGUAUAUGUCUGUUUGAUUUGGGCACCAAAAACUUUUCAUUCUUGUCGAUUUAUAUUUUAGUUUAACUACGAUUGUAUAUACACCGGAUAUACAUAUACGUUGAUAAUUCUGCUGCUCGUUUUUCC